AUGCCAUCAUCCACACAAAACUCAUACAACCUUCUGAGGAAGUCCUUGUCUACACGCUCCAUGCGCAGGGCAAGGAGACCUGCCUCAGACGAUGCGCCACCAACGCCUACUGUCACCACGCAACAUCCCGCCGCCGCUGCCGCUGCAUCGUAUGCAAUGCAAUCCGGCCAAAUCCCAUCUCGGGACCCGAGAGGCCCAUACAAUCAACUCGAUGAUCCGGCAAGCUUCGCUGGCCCCCGACAACAGCCACGAGCAGGUCAUCACAGCAGCGGCGCAAACGCAUCCAUGGGUCAGCAGUAUCCAACCUCAUCUGCCACCGCAACACCUCAUCAGUCCACAGAGGUGUCCGGUCGACCAUAUGUAGUCGAUAACAUCGGACCCGCCGCUGCGAUAUCGCCAAUACAGGAACCCGGUGGAAUCGAUGGACGAAACAUUUCAGUGCCUUCUCCGCUUCGACAAGUGCACAAAGCCAAGUCAAUGAGGAUAGGACAAAGCACUGGUGAUCAUCAGACACGAACUAUUACACGCUCCAAGUCUUUCCGCGGAGGGGAGCCACGAUCCACACUAAGGGAUCAGUAUUCGGGAAGAAAUGAUACAGCAGUUCAGCUGGCUCGUAGCCAGUUUGAAGAUGGCCAGGUUGAGGUCAGCAGGAUUUCCUCGGAUUCUGAUAACGACGACAAGGGCCGCCUCCGAUCUUACAUAUCGGCCUUCUCGCUCAAACGCAGGGUGGACAAGCCGUCUCCCAAAACCCUGCGUGAAACAAGUGAGGGUACUGCCAGUCCCUCCACCCCCGGCGACCAAAGCCUCGGGGGAUCUCAUAAGCAUCGCUCAUGGUCAAACUCCAUGAAAAAGGGGUUCAAACGUGUUUUCAGCAGAUCCAAGCAUACCGAUGCGACCGAUGCGACCGAUGCGACCGAUGCGACCGAUGCCACUGCGCAGCCAUCACCACUCUCAGGUAGUUCAUAUUGCGUUGAACCGGUCGUGACAACCCCGUCCAAGGGAAACGUGGAAGUUGUCCCUCCUGGGGAUAGUCUGAAGGCACCCCCUCCUCCCCGGCCUCUUGUUCACUCAUCGACCAUGGCUAAUCUCCGUACGGUGCCUUCCGAGUAUCCCCGGCCACUUGUUCGGUUAUCCACCACGGACAGUCUCUGUGAUUCCGAGCCGCGCGUCACCAGCUGGGCUGCUUCAAGCCUGACAAACACAGUCACUUCCCGCAAGCCGGAGCAUGGCGAAUCGCUUUCUUCAACCAGAGAGGACGAAAACCUCGAUCAGCUACUGCCACCGCUACCUUCACGCGUAGUAAGCGAUACACAGAAUGAUCCUCCUUCUGCCCCAUUGUUUAAUCGCAAUAUGCAGGUUGACUGUCAGGACCUGUGCGCUGCGACACAGCGUGAAAUCGACCGACACCAGCGGUCCUGGUCCAACGAGGCUCCGAUUGUCGGUAGGGUUCCAAAGGGUCGUGUGGUUCCACAGAUGCCAACUUCACAUUCCCCGUAUGGUAGACGCACUGAUCGUCUUGUUCCCAGUCAAGGAGCAUCAGUCUCGGCAUUUGAAACCAACGAGGAUCCCGUUCUCCGUGUGGUUAUAGAUCCUCGCAUGCUUCCACAGAUGCCAACUUCACAUUCUCAUUAUGGCAGACGCACUGAUCGUCAUGUUCUCGGCCAAGAAGCAUCGGUCUCGCCAGUUGAAACCAACGAGGCUCCGAACUUCGGUAGGGUUCCAGAGCGUCGUGUGGCCCUAGAGACGCCAGACUCAGAAGACUCUCAAUAUGGCAGACGUACUCUUCGUCAUGUUCCCAGCCAAGAAGCAUCAAUCUCGCCCGAGUCAUUCUCCACAGCGCCUGGGGAGCAGUCAAGUGCCCAAAAGUCUCAUAUGCGCCCGGCCAAACGCUUGAAGCUUCGCCCCAGCGAGUCAUAUCCGCCAAGAACUCCACAAGAGAAGAGUGACACUCCCAUGGUUCCCCGUCUUCAAGACGCGGCAAGGAAUGCUGAUUCUCCAAGCGUGGAGUCUGGGAUCAGUAGUGUCGAUCCUUCGCCGAGGGAUAACAUUGUUGAUGAUGCUCUCGGUAUCCUCAUCAGUCGUCGUCAGCGAGAGUCGAGAAAUAGGAUCGCUCGAUUGAACUAUUAUCCCAGAGACAGCAAUGGCCAUGUUCUGUUGGGAGAUGAGACGGGGGUUAGAGACAUUCGCAACGCUUUUCCUGUGCGACCUGAACGAAUGAGGAGGGAUUAUUCACCGAGUAUUUAUUCCCGAACAAGCAGUGGCAUCGCUCUGCCGAGACCGGAUGUUGACAUCGACGGCGAGUCCCACGAUGAACCAGGGAUGGCAACCGUAUUUACCCAGCAGCGGAUGAACGUGUCACCCAGACCUGCCCUCCGAAUUCAACCUCUGAGGAUUUUUUGA